CUUUUCUAACGUAUUCUAAAAUUAUUUCAUCGUUACUUACUUUAGUGUAUUCUUUACACACAACUGUAAUUACUUGUAGUAAUUUCCUACACAAGAAGGAUUUUUCCCUCUUAGUUUAAUCGCACCUCAUACCCUAUCGAAUAGAGCCACGUUUGCAAAACAUACAUGUACACGUGUCUAUAUAUCGAGCGAUAUGUGAAGGACUUAAAUUUCUCACGUUUCCCUGAGCAUAGAAUUAUUCGCGUUUCCUCUAAGAUAUUUAACGUUUUAUUCCUACCGCGUAUUACAAGAAUUUCUCCACUUAUAUAACACAGGAAUCUGUAUAAAAGUGCUUUUAAUACUGGAGGUGAAUAAGUGUAUACUUUAGUGACGUGAUAUAUCUAUUUUAUACCGCAUAAGUAAAAUUUGUUGGUAAAAGCAAUACAAACGAUAUUACUGUAUUUGAUUCUUGUUCGUGUUUAUCUCGUUUAUUGCGGUGUCACGUUUAUCAGUAUACACAGAUAAUAUACAAUAGUUAUAUGAAAGAAAUUAAUAAGAAAACCAUAUGUAACCAUGACCGCCAAAAUAGGAGAUGUACAUAUUCUGCAAACAUUAUCAUCUUACACGAGUGAUAUUACAAGUAUUGAUUUUGCUGGUGAUUGCAUAUUGGUAACUGGAUCCGGAGACAAACGCGUUAGAAUUUGGCAAUGGCGAUCGGGUAUAGGAUACGUAGAAGCAUAUUUUUCCCCGUUGCAAGGACACAAAUAUGGAGUUACAUCUGUCAAAGUAAGUCCCCAAUCAACGAUGUUGGCUUCAGCUAGCAUAGACGGCACUACAUUGCUUUGGAAUUUACGGACAGGAACAAGAAUUCAUACUAUGGUUCAAGUAGGCGGAGAAGCUGUGAGAGUUUGCAGGUUCUCACCAGAUUCAACGUUACUUGCAACCGCUGGAGACAAGGGACAAGUUUGCCUUUGGGAUUUGGUUCGACGCAAUUUAGUUAGAUGUUUUCAAAAACAUGAUGGUGCUAUACAGAGUGUAUGUUUUUCACCGGAUUCUAGUUGGUUAAUUACUACAUGUACAUUCGGUGUUUUAAAAUUAUUCUCCAUCACCGAUAUCAUCGACUCGUGCUUUUCCGAUAACCAAGCGAUUACUGCCCUCGCCUGGAUUGAUGAUGCUCAUGAUCUAGGCGUUGUUUCUUGUGACUUUUCAACAUCUCAGAAGAUUACAAGCAACGAACCGUUCACGAAACUAUAUGAACUGGUUACUUGCGGCAACGACCAUUACGUUAAAUUAUGGGAAAUAAUUGUAAUACAAUCGAAAUGUGAAACUCAAUCAUCUAUUGUCAAAAUAAACCUCUGCCGAAUCAUGGAAAAACACAGUAAUGCCUUAACCUGUGUUUGUUUCAAUACGAAUGGAUUAUUCAUUGGUAGCAGUAGUUUCGACAAAACAGCAGUAAUCUGGGAAACGAACUCUGGAAAAGUAAUGACAAUAAUGUCAGGACAUAACAGAUACGUGGCGUGCUGUGCAUUCUCAAGAGAUGGAAAUUUAUUGGCAACAGGUUCCAACGACAAAUCCGUAAUUAUUUGGGAUCUUAAAGGAAACUUAUGUCUAGACUCGGAACUUGCGCGACGAUUUACGCCUACCUUAUUUUUAGAUGGUCACGAUCAGGCACAGAAUGCUGAAUAUGAGAAAACUGUAAUGAAAAAUGCGGAAACGUCUAUUAAUGACAUUAAAUUAAUACAAAAACUAGAAGAUCACGCUGGUGUAGUAAACAGUGUAGCUUUCUACGGGAACCAUCUUAUAGCAUCUGGAUCUGGAGAUAAGCUAAUCCGAGUUUGGAGCAUUGAAGUGGAAGAGGAAGCCGAGUCCGAAAUUAGCAUGAAAUUUCAUGAAAAAUCUUACAGUCCAUUGGAUGGUCAUGCGUACAGUGUAAAUCACGUUGAAUUCAGCCCUUGUGGUCGUAUGCUUGCUUCAUGUUCCUUAGAUGGUACAGUUAUCAUCUGGAAUACCGAGGAUGGCUGUCAAGCAAGGUCUUCUUUCGUGAAUUCAGCAUCUGGUAUUCGUGUUUGCCGAUGGUCACCGGAUGGUACUAAAAUUGCUACAGCUGGAGAUGAUGAAAAGACAACAUUAUGGGACGUAAAUGAUAUGGAAGAACUCUGUGUUUUCAAAGGUCAUUCUGAUGCGGUAAAUGCAAUCGCUUUUACACAUGAUUCCUGUUAUUUAAUUACGGCGUGUAACGAAGGUACAUGGCGGUUAUUUGACACCAUCGAUAACACAAAUUCUACAGCGCUAAUUAGUUGUAGCGAAGCACAUGACUUAGGCGUUCAAGGGUGCGACUUCAGUUCAACAUCUAAUUUUACAAAUAUUGAAAGAAGGGAAAAUAUAAAUAGUGAUAAACAUACCUAUCUGCUAGCAACUGGCGGUAAUGAUUCUUUGGUUAAAUUGUGGUUAAUAACAGUUUGUAAAGAAAAUAUGCUAGCAACGGGAGGUAUUGGAAACAGCGGUGGUAAUAUACGAUACGAAGAAAAAAAAUCAUUCACUGGACAUGGUGGAAAUGUAACUUGUGUUCGAUUUUCUCAGAUCCAAAGCGAAAUCUUAGGAAGCGUUGCCACUGAUAGAACAGCUCGUAUAUGGAGCGUGUAUUCUGGAUCGUGCUUAUACGUGCUAGAAGAACACGAAAGUCUCGUAACUGCUUGUGCUUUUUCGGAAGAUACUUCUCUUUUUAUUACAGGUGCUUUAGACAAAACUCUUUUAAUCUGGAAAAUACCUCGGCAACUGAUUUCGCAAUACACGCUAAUAAAUAAUUUAAAGCAUAACAGAAAAAUGGUUGCAGAUUGGAAAGUUCAUGAUACUUUAAAAUGGUUAGACGAAAUAGGUUUACGAAUGUUAAUUAAGACAGCUUGUGAGGCUUCAUUAACGGGACGACAAUUGCUUUCCGUGCCGGAGGAUGAAUUAAUGAAAAGACUGCAUAUCGAACAGGAUGAAGAUACGGUGGAAAUAUUUAGAACACAAUUGUAUUGGUUAAAACGUGAAAACGAUAAUUCUACAGAAAUUCUUAUAGACGAUACUGAAAUACCUCACGAAUAUUUAUGCCCUAUCACACAUGAAAUAAUGAAAGAGCCUGUUUUAUGUUCCGAUGGAUUUACAUAUGAGAAAGCAGCUAUAAAUGAAUGGUUUCUAUGUGGAAAAUAUACUAGUCCAAUGACAAAUAAAGCUCUUCAAGACACUUCGUUUACUCCGAAUAUUGUACUUAGAAACGCGAUAUAUACUUUCCUUCAUGGAAACCGACCACAAUUUUAAGUAUCGCAUUAAUUUAAAUCGCAAUAUAAAAUUUAAUGUACAUAUUUGAAAGAAUUAUUUCUUUCUAACCAUGUUACACUCUCACUAUUUAGUCACUUAACGCUUAAAUUGUACCUGGCAUGAGAAUUCAGAAAACGUGUAAAAGAAUUGUAUGCACAUAACAUAAGUAACAUAACGUCACGAAAGGAAACAAUAAUAAAUACGCACAAAAAAUUGUCAUAUCAAUAUAAUCACGGAAAUUGAUAAAGUAUACCAAUUACAUGCAAUGUAAUUUUCUUCAAAGGAGAAUUUUGUAAAUAUUCUAUUAAUAAAAAUAUUAA